AUGGACGCACCGGUCUCAGAAUCAAUCCGGUAUUCUGAAUUUCUGAGACUGACGCGCCCCAAUGACGAGGCUGAUAGGGAGGCAAUACACACCCGCUCACGCAGGCAUGAACAUGUUCGGUCCACGCUCUUCAGAGCCCUCGGUGAGCCGAAGGCAGAUCUUGGCAUACUCCAGAGAAUGCCUAAUGAGAUUCUUUGCAACAUUGCCCGGGAGUUGCCCGUCAAGACUGCAUUCAAUUUCAGUCACGCCAAUCGAGCUGCGCGAAGCCUACUCAACAGCUGCGUCGACUAUCGUCUAGUUGGUGAACACGGCGUGGAAUGCGUGUGGGCGUUGAUGAGGACCAAGCUGGCUGACAGCACCUGGGUCACUGGGAUUCAUUCCGCGCUGAUUAACGAAGAAUGCAUAUCCUGCGGUCGAUUCGGAGCACUCAUCUUUCUUCCUGGCACAGAAAGAGUUUGUCUCUCUUGUGUGGAAACAAAAAAGGAAUUCCAUGUUCAUUUUCUCAAGACGGUCCAUGAUUGGUUCUCUGCCCUUGGAAAGGAACUUCCAGUGCAAGACCCCUUUGGCACCUUCGAGUGCCCCCCAGGAUUCGAAGAAUUCGAAGAAUCUGAUGAAUCCGAUGAAUCCGAUGACGGACUCGACGACGGACUCGACAAGCCAAAGAAAGACAAGGGCCCGACAAAGUUCAUAUCCGGCUUUCAUGCAAUUAGAUUUGCCAGGGCCCACGGGAUCAGGGUAGGUGGUUCAGACGGCGUAAGCUCCGAGGGGUACUUCGAGCCUAACGACCUCGAGCCCCUCGAUGGAGCUGGAGACCCGGCCUUGCAAGUCCCGGCAGUAGAUAUCGAGUUCUUGGAAUCAGGUCAAAUCCCACCACCACCACCACCACCACCCCCACCCCCACCUCCAGUUCAAGUUGCAGAAGAUGAGCAAGUCCAAGCAGCCGAGGUUGAGUUGGCGCCAACUCCACUCGUAGCGUCGUGCAUGCUCCCGCACUUCAACCGCACUUUGAACCUGGCACUACGCGGCCGCUCGUGUCGAGGUUGCAGGAGAGUCUCGGAGGAUCUCGGCACGGAUGAGAGCUUCGCUGCUCGAGAUCGAGUCUACUCGGUGAAUAAAUUCUGGAAGCAUUUCAAAACGUGCGAGGAGGCGAUGAGACUGAUGGCUAGCGACGAGGAGCUGUCAGAAGAAGAGGACCUCAGCAGUGACGAAACAGCAGACGAGCUGGAAACCCUCAGAGAAGAAACCGACGAGGAGCUGGAAAUCUCUGAAGAAGAAACAGAAGAAAUGCAGGAAACCUACAGAGAAGAGACUGAUGAAGAGCGCGUUUCGGACUCUGAGUACGUGACCGCUGAUGAGUGGUGA